AUGGGUGGUGUCACAGUCCGAGACGUCGAUGCUCAAAAAUUCAUCAAUGCUUAUGCCGACUUCUUGAAGAGACAGGGCAAGCUACAAAUUCCAGGUUGGGUCGACACCGUAAAGACCUCGCACAGCAACGAACUCCCCCCACAAUCACAAGACUGGUUCUACGUCAGAGCCGCUGCCGUCGCUCGCCAUGUCUACCUGAGAAAAUCCGUCGGUGUCGGCCGUCUCGCCAAGGUUCACGGUAGCACCAAGAACCGAGGCAGCAAGCCAAUGCACCACUGCGAUGCCUCUCGAUCCGUUGACCGAAAGGUCCUGCAGGCUCUGGAGAAGAUUGGUAUCGUUGAGAAGAUCGAGGAUGAUGAGGAGGGUGGCAGUGGAAAGGGCGGUCGACGAAUCACGCAGGCUGGUCAGCGAGAUUUGGAUCGUAUUGCUUUGACUGCUGUCGAGGAAGAUGGUGAUGAUGAGGAUGAUGAGUAG